AUGCCAGACAACGUCGGCAUAAAAUGGGCUCCUGAUCUGCAACGGGCCUCUCACAGUGUAAACACUGUUGGACACAUCAGGGACACUGAGGAGGAUCGUGGCACCAGUCUCAACGACGUUUCGUCGGAGGACCUAUCCCAAAGUCUCGGCACAGAAUCCGAUACUCAACGAAAUACUCCUACCGCUCUUUCUGCUCAACGCCUGAGUGAACCAGUGGAUGAGGAUGCGUUCCAUGAGUUAGAUUGGAACUCAAAGUAUGGGAUUGCUGCGUCGCCUGGGUUUGCCCCGCUCAAGUCCCAGCAAUCCCUCCCAUCGUCGACCCAGAAUUCAUCAAACUCAUUGAAGGCCCUCGCCGAGCUCGACGUGGAUCGGCCACCUGGUUCGGCAGCUUCACUUGUUCACCGCGCCCUGUCGACCAAAUCCUCACACGGCCAAAUUCACGGCCGUCGUUCAUCUCAUUCUAAAUCAUUCUCAACUUCCUUUUCAAACUCGAAUCGUCUUUCCAACAACGAACAUCCAACAUAUCCUAUCCAAUCAUUUGAAGCAUUGCAAGCUCAGUUCCAUGUCCCACGGCCAGCGCGGCCUCUCCGUACGAGAAGCUCGCACCCAGCCCAAAAUCUGCUUUUCAACGAAAUGUCCACGUGGACCCGGCAAGGUCGUGAAAGAAACUCGCCUAACACCCAAACUGCGAUGACUGCAGACAAUACUCCAAUGUCGAGUCCAGGUCUACUCCACUCGGGUGACCGCGUGCCCUCAGCAUCGUCUCUCAGCGAUGUCGAUCGUCAACCACACCAUCUCCAACCUCCGAAAGAAACUCAUACCGUUGAGAUCGACCAUGAUCUCUUCUCGGGUAACAAAUUCGUCAAUAACUACGAGAUCAUCGAGGAAAUAGGACGCGGGGAACACGGCAAAGUCAAACUUGGCAGAGAUGUUGAGAGGGGCACCGUCGUAGCGGUGAAGAUCGUCCCAAGAUACUCUGGCAAGCGCCGACUUGGUCGUCUAGGAGCUCCAGAAGAUCGGACUAAGCGCGAGGUAGCGAUCCUGAAAAAGGCAAGGCAUCCAAACAUCGUGAGUCUCCUGGAGGUCAUUGACGACCCCAACAAAAACAAAGUCUACCUCAUUCUCGAAUUCGUCGAAAAGGGCGAAAUCAAGUGGAGAAAACCAGGAGUGCGCGAGAUCCUGGCAGUAAACAACACCAGAUUUGCGCAAGAAAGAGCAGGGAUCGACCUUCCUUUAGAACCAACCGAAAGAGACCUCUUCAGUGUCAGCCAAGCUAAGCGACGCCAUGAGCUGCAAGAAAGAGCCCGUACCCUCAACACAAACCCAACCCCUAACUGGAGCCUCGAGCAUGGAGGCGAGGACUUUGAAGAUGAAGAAUUAUCUGAGAUCUCACGUUCUGCCUCACGGCAUUUCUACGAGUCAAGCAAUCCCAGUAGAACCAGUUCACAUGACGAGUACGCCGAAGGAGCUCUAGCCGGCAGCAUGUAUGGUGCUUACGCUCCAGAUGCUUACCGCGGUCGGACCUUCAGCGUCGCUGCCAGCGUUGGCGCGCUCUCUCACGUCUCGUCUGAAUGGAAUUUCGACGAGAACAACGAGGAGCACGCCUAUGUUCCAGCCUUGACGCUGGAGGAAGCCCGUCGAGCCUUUCGAGAUACGCUUUCCGGCCUUCAGUUCCUGCACUUCAUCGGCAUUAUCCAUCGUGACAUCAAACCAGCAAAUCUCUUGGUCACAGGCACUGGGACUGUCAAGAUUUCUGAUUUCGGCGUAUCAUACCUGGGACAUCCUAAAGACCCUGAGGAUCCUGAUUAUAAACUGACUGAGAAGGAUGUCUCUGCCCUAGAUGACGAAAAAGAGCUAGCAAGAUCGGUUGGGACGCCUGCCUUUUGGGCUCCUGAACUUUGCUAUGAAGAUCCAUCCGUGUUCGAAGAAGAGGAAAGCCCCAAAAUCACUGGCGCGCUAGACCUUUGGGCUUUGGGAAUCACGCUUUACUGUAUGGUGUACGCCCGGUUGCCCUUCUACGCCACUGACACUCUGGGCCUUCACGAAGCCGUCUGCAGGAGUGAGGUCUUUCUCCCAAAGACUCGACUUGUGCCGGUUGACACGUCUCAAGACAAACCAACCUCCGAGGUGCCAAAUUCGAUCAAUAGUAACAAGAGACUUGACUACGAACUCAAAUUCGAGACGGUACCAGAUGCAGUUCGUGACCUCAUCCGUCAACUCUUGAUCAAGGAUCCCGCGAAGAGAAUGACGAUCGACCAGGCCAAGAAACAUGAAUGGGUUGUCGAGGGCUUGCAAGAUCCGUCACAGUGGAUCAAAGGUCCUGCUGACCUGGAGAAGGAGGGCAAGAAGAAAAUCCUGGAUGUGGACGAGAGGGAGAUGUCACAUGCAGUUGUCAGGAGAAAUAUCAUUGAGCGGGCUCUCAGCACGGCUGGUCGCAUUGCAGGCAAUUUGCUCGGAAGGAGCAAUACGCGGAGGCGUGCUCCCAGUACGGCCACAUCGGCGAGCCACUCAAGCGACUCUAUUGCUUCGCCUGCCAGUACUAGUACUGUUGGUAAGAACGAGCGAGAUAAGAUUCGUGAUACUCGUCGAGCGAGUCUGCGCGGCGACGAACUUCUGACAGCCCUAAAAACCUCCAGAGAGACCACCGAGCACCCACUGGCACAAAGUCAAACUGCCAGCCCUGACUCAACCGAGCAGGAAAAUUAUUUCAGCGAGUCGUUCCCAACCCAAAAAGCUGCGUCGUCGGCUUGCACUCCGAUAGCCAUACGUGACGCACGACCUCCGGGUCCCGACAGAGCAACGUCAACUGUAUCUACUGCUGAUUCUGUCAAGACAAUCAGAGCUUCACAAGUGCAGCGAUUGCCCUUGCCGUCGUCAGGCCUAGCACGUGACGAACGACCUGUCUCCCUCGAUAGAGGAUUCAGAGCCAGAGUCGAUGGGCUUUGGGAGGGAACCGCAAAGACUUUGGCGCGUAUCGGGAGUCGAGAACGUCGUGCCCCACGGGAUGACCGGUCACCAGCAUCGAGCCGCCAUUCAUCCGAGAGUGAUGCCCGUGCAGAGCCCAGCAUUGCCAUGAGCACUGCUUCGGCUGCCGGUGCUAUCGAACCGCCUGAUGCCCUUCGUGAUCCGGCUCUUACUAUGGACCGGAAAAUGUCUCCGCCAACGCCACAUAUGAUGACUCACGGUGAUCAUAGAACAUCAUUUCCCGCACCGACAUCCAGCCAGGAUGCUUUCGAACAAGCUCAGGAGGUCAACCAACGCCGUCAUCUACAGGAAGUACAUCAUCAAGUUGAAGCAGCGCUUGAGGCUUACUCCAAACCUCAGAGCCCCACGACCGAUGAAUGUCCACCUUCUCCGGAUGACAUAGCUUUCCUCGAGAAACAGCGUACACAAAUCUCGAAUGAAACACCAGCGUUUUCACUUGGUUCAAAUGCCAUUCAAGGGGGACCGUCUGCAAGCACCAUUGCCUCGUCCCUAGACGACUACGGAGCCAGCAGUGUGUCGCAGAGCAUGUCAAAUCCCAGUAUUGGAGUCAUUUCUGGUGCUUCUUCACCACCAGGAGAAGGCUUCUUGGGUUCAGCAUUUACGGAAGCGCCCAGAGAUGUGCCUGCCCUUGGCAAAGAGCCACUCCCUGAAUUCAUGCGCACUGCCGACACAAUCACCAAACACGGGCGAUCUACUCAGAUCGCAACCGGCCCGUCGCUUGAGCACUGGCAGAACAGAACCCACGACGAUGAUCAUGACGGCGAUGACGACUCAGACGACGGAAUGAUGAUGCCGGCUUCUACAAACAAGAAGUUUUAA